ACGUUGUGUAGCUGUAUGGAAAAAAAGAAUAUAAAUUUUGAUUAUUUUUCUCUGAAUUUCUAAAUAGUCAAUGUGUAAUUUAUUCCUAUUAUCAAUAUUAUUGCCAACGAUAGAUGGAUGUAAAUAAGGAAUAAUUGGAAAAACACGUCUGCCAACGUAUAUAGAUCAAAUCACACAAUUUUUUUAGGUGCUCUUCCCCGACGAGCAGUAAAGUGAGUCUACGCAAGGUUGACACUUGGCACGCCGUCCAUCGGCUUUACUUAAGCAAAGUGGGAAAUUUGAUUGUCGAUAAUUAUUCAGAGCAUACAAACUAAAGUAUUAUUAAGUUUUUGUAGUUUCAGUUUGUACUCAAAAUUAUAAACAACAAAAUAAUGUCAUAUCCACCACGCCCACCUAUGCCACCAUACAUGAAUCCCUCCAUACCACCGCCUCACAUGAUGGGACCGAUGGGUAAUCCGCCACCACAUUCAAGAGGUUAUAGAAAUUCAGCAACUAUUAGUUCGCAGCCGACGGUUUAUCAAAGGCAACCAGAUCCAGUACCUCAAUUCAAAGGACCAGUCAUUACGGUGUUUGUCGGAAACAUUAGUGAACGUGUACCAGAGAUGUUAAUAACACGCAUAUUGUCUACUUGUGGACCCAUUGUUAAUUGGAAACGAGUUUCGACAUUUGGUUUCUGUGAAUACGAUGGGCCCACUGCAGGUAUGCGAGCUGUUCGUUUACUUAGUGAAAUUGAAUUGAACGGCAAAACUUUGGUAGCAAAAGUUGAUGCUAAAAAUAAACUAUUGUUGGACAACUUUAAAGAGGAAGAACGUAAAAAUGGAGCUAGUGAAAUUGAGCCUGAUGAGAAUGUGGACGAUGAAGAUGCGUUGCGUGCUAUGAGACGAAUUAUCGACGAGCACAAGCAUGAAAUGGACGAAUUUGAUCCUAAUGCACGCCCUGAUUUAUAUGGAGUUCGUGGUGUUAAAACUAAACCAACCCGCAGUGAUGAAAUCAAAGUUCCCAAAGUACUGCACGAGACUAAUUUGGAAGAGGAAAAGCGCAACCUAAUUAGUAGUGAAAUUGGCAAAUUCCGUAAAAGAGCGGAAGCUGACGAGCAUCGCAAGGAGAAGGAGAAAGAGCGUGAAAAAGAAAAGGAACGCGACAAAGAGCAACAGAAAGAGAAAACACGUGAAAGAGAAAAGGAAAAAGAAAAAGAAAAGAAAAAAAAGAGCGAUAGUGCCGUUGAGCAGGACUGGGAUAUCGUCGAGCAGGUUAGUGGAAAUGAUUGCGUUCCAAUUAUAUCGGCAACUAAAAAGGAACGCAUAGCUGAUAUUUCAUCACCAAUCAAAAAAGAAAAGGAACGUGAUAGUGGUUCUAAGGAAUCGCGUCGUAAACGCAGUCGCUCACGUUCCAAAGAUCGUGACCGUGAGUAUAGAGAACGCGAGCGUGAAAGGGAACGCGAACGGGAGCAAAGAGAAAAGGAACGGGAACGUGAAAGGGAAAGAGAGAGAGAGAGGGAGCGUGAACGGGAACGGGAAAGAGAACGUGAAAGAGAGCGUGAAAGAGAAAGGGAGAGGGAACGUGACAGAGAACGUGAAAGAGAACGUGAAGAAAAAGUGGUGAAAAAUGUUAGAGAUGUUCAGCGCGAAAAGGAAGUAGAGGAUGAGAUGCGCGAACGCAAGAAGGCGGAAAAGAAGGCACGUGAAAAGGAAGAAGCUUAUCAAGAACGUUUAAUAAAUUGGGAGCAACGGGAGAAGCGUAAAGCCAAGGAAUACGAAAAGAUACGUUUAAAGGAAAAGGUUAAGCAGGAUGAACGUGAAAAAGAAGCAAAACGCCUAAAGGAGUUCCUAGAAGACUACGAUGAUGAAAGAGACGACGUUAAAUAUUACAAGGGUCGGGAAUUGCAAAGACGCUUGGCGGAGCGAGUACGAGAAGCAGAUUUGGAUGCCAAGGACCGCAACAAGGAACAAGAAGAGUUGGAAGAACUAAAAAAUAAAAUAUUUAGUGGUGAAUUUGAAAAUCCCUCACAGGAAUAUGAAAGAGCCAAAAAGGAACAUGAAAAACUAUACAGGCCUCAAAUAAUCAUUGAUGUUAAUUUGGAAAACUUGCAACGAAAGGAAAGAGAACAAGAACGUAGCAGGGAUAAACAUAAUACUAAUACUAUGUCUUCGGAAAAACGUUCAAACUCAAAUGAAAUCUACCAUCGUAGUGAGGAUAGUGCGGUGAGUGGUGGUGUUGGUGGUAGUGUGGUUGCGCCUAUGCGGCCACUUUCCAAGGCCGGUUCAGUUGAUUCAACGUCAAAUGAAGACGCUGCCUCCAGACAUGAGACCAUGUCUAAUGCCAGUAGUCGAUAUAGUCGCCAAGAUUCCGAAUCUCGCGAUUUUACAAGUGCUCCCGAUAUAGAAUCCAUGUCACCCGCAACACCUCAAGCUUUUGCUGCACAUUCACAAAAUAACGAUUCCGCCUCAACACCGCCUAUGAUGCCUACCGUUGGCAUAAGUCUGAAUCUGGGCGCCAAUGCCAAGAAAAAGAAAAUUGAAUCUACCGCCGGAGUGUUUAGCAAUGACGAUGACAAUGAUGAUCUUUCAAAUCCUAAAAAACGAAAAUUAGUACCUUUAGACUAUGAAGAUAAUCUGACAAAACAGGGCUCACAUUCAUCUAGUACGCACACAGGUGACCGACACGAUGCUGCUGCUGGAGGGGGUGGGGGAGUAGGUGGUGGCACUGGUACUGGAACAUCAGUAGCUGGUGGCGGCGCUGGAAAGGGGGGAAAUGCAACAACAAACAAAAAACAUGGUAAGAAUGAUACUUCUGCUGCAGCUGCUGGUAAUACAGAUGCAGCAAAUAGCAAAAAGGAUGAUAGUAGUGGUACAAAGGUACACGAUGAAAAACGACGCCACAUAAAAAGCAUUAUUGACAGGAUACCCACCCAAAAGGAGGAUCUCUUCAACUACAAACUCGAUCGCAAUGAAAUCGAUAACAAUCUUAUGGAACGGAAAAUACGCCCUUGGAUAAAUAAGAAGAUUAUUGAAUACAUCGGUGAACCCGAGCCAACACUGGUCGACUUUAUAUGCUCCAAGGUUUUAGCCGGCAGUUCGCCUCAGAGUAUUCUGGACGAUGUUCAGAUGGUACUUGACGAAGAAGCCGAAGUUUUUGUUGUCAAAAUGUGGAGACUACUCAUCUACGAAGUGGAUGCUAAAAAGAUUGGUUUAGGUAAAUAAUUUCUAAUUUUAAUGCAAUUCAUUUUUUGUGUGUAUUAACAAAAUUACAUAUUUGCAAAUAAUAAUUAUAGUAACCACAUAUAAAGAACAAAAAAAAAAAGAAACAAAAAUGAAAAA